ACAUUAAACCAAUUCGUAAAGUCGUAAACUCGUCAUCUGAACGUUUUAGCCAAUCGGUGUCUAAUGCUGGCUGUGUUCAGCCCACGUCGAGACGGAUUUUCUUCCCAUACAUGUUCCAGGGCUCUACCAGCAUUGGACGUUUCCUGCCCUGAUGCAUGGUGGUCGGACGGAGGGAUUGUUGGAAAAUUUCAGAGUGACCUGAGCACAGGGUGUUUGUGUGUUGGGCGAACAUGCUGUUAGCUCAGAUUAACCACGACGCGCAGGGAAUGGCAGAAUUCCAGGAUGCAGGCGGGGACGCCCAGCACGUCACGCUCUGUCUGGCUGAAGCCGUUGCCGUGGCAGAUGGCGAUCAAAUGGAGAGUAUGGACACUGUAAGUCUGCAGGCUGUGACCCUUGCAGACGGCUCCACAGCAUAUAUACAGCACAGUCCAAAAGUUUCCCUUUCAGAGGGCAGGUUAAUGGAUGGACAGCUUAUCCAGCUCGAGGAUGGAUCAGCUGCCUACGUUCAACAUGUCUCUAUGCCAAAAGCAGGAGGCGACACUCUGAGACUAGAGGAUGGCCAGGCUGUGCAGCUGGAAGAUGGAACAACAGCUUACAUUCAGCACACGCCCAAAGUGUUCUCUGCCCCAGAGAUAUAUGACCAGAGCACCCUGCAGGCGGUGCAGCUGGAGGACGGCACCACCGCCUACAUCCAGCACACCGUGCAGAUGCCGGAGACCAACACCAUCCUGGCCAUCCAGGCCGACGGCACCGUGUCUGACUUGCAGGCCGACGGUGCCAUCGACCCCGAGACCAUCAGCGUGCUGGAGCAGUACACUGCCAAGGUGGAGAGUGCAGAGUGUGUCAUGGGAGCAGGGCUGAUUAACCGAAAUGACCCUGACAGAGGUGUUCAGAUGCAGAUUGUGCUGCAGGGUCAGGGAGGACGCAGCCUGCUCAAGGCCCAGCAGGCGGGAGAGAAGACCUUCCGCUGCGACUACGAGGGCUGUGGCAAACUCUACACUACGGCCCACCACCUAAAGGUACAUGAGAGAUCACACACAGGAGACAGGCCGUAUAUGUGUGAUCAUCCCAGCUGUGGGAAGAAGUUUGCCACAGGCUACGGCUUGAAGAGCCACAUUCGGACGCACACAGGAGAGAAGCCAUACCGCUGUCAAGAGUUCAACUGUCAUAAAUCAUUCAAGACAUCAGGGGACCUACAGAAGCACAUUCGGACACACACAGGGGAGCGGCCAUUCAAGUGUCCGUUUGAGGGCUGUGGGCGGUCCUUCACCACCUCGAACAUCCGCAAGGUGCAUAUCCGCACGCACACGGGCGAGCGGCCGUACUACUGCUCCGAGCCGGGGUGCGGAAGGGCCUUCGCCAGUGCCACCAACUACAAGAACCACAUGAGGAUCCACACAGGGGAGAAGCCGUACAUGUGCAUGGUGCCAGGCUGCGACAAGCGCUUCACAGAGUACUCCAGCCUGUACAAGCACCACGUGGUCCACACCCCCUGCAAGCCCUACAACUGCAACCACUGUGGCAAGACCUACAAGCAGAUCUCCACACUGGCCAUGCACAAGCGCACGACACACAACGACACAGAGCCCAUCGAGGAGGAGCAGGAGGCCUACUUUGAGCCUCCCACAGACGCCAUUGAUGACCCUGGAGUUACCUAUGUACCGAAUGUGGAAGAGGAGGAUUCUGGGUCGGAACAGGUGUCCACUGAGGUCCUAGGGCAACAGCACGUGUCCCUUAUUACCCAAGAUGGAACCCAGCAGGUCAGUAUCUCCCAGGCUGACAUGCAGGCCAUGGGAAACACGAUCACCAUGGUAACGCAAGAUGGCACCACAAUCACUGUCCCGGCACAUGAGGCGGUGCUUUCGUCGGGCGAGACGCACUCGGUCACCAUGGUGACAGCAGAUGGUACUGAAGGCCAGGUGGCCAUCGUGACCCCUGACCUGGCCACAUUCCAUGCGGCGCAGGCUGAGCUGGUGCAGGAGCACCAGCGGCACCUGGUGACCGGCAGCCCUCAACCCGUCACCCUGCUGGCCACCUCCAACGGCACCCAGAUCGCCGUCCAGCUCAGCGAACAGCCAUCUUUGGAAGAAGCCAUUAGAAUAGCCUCAAGGAUACAACAAGGGGAUACUCCCGGACUCGAUGAUUAACGAUUACUUACCAGCACAGACUCUUCAGGGCUAAAUAACUUAGAAAUUAAAUCCAAAUCAAACAGGGUUCCUGUAGUUUAAAUGUGGAUGUUGUUGGACUGAGUGCUGUAAUUAAAUGAAAGGACUUUGUUCUUGUGUAAUUUAUGUACAUAUGUUUUAAACACGCGCUUAGGGGAUCUUGUCACACAGAUUUAGUCCUUCCUUGUUAAAAUGUAUUAUUGAAAUUUGGGGGGCUGAUAAAGGGCUGGGUUUGAGUGCAGUUGAAGCACUGACCUGUCACACGACUGGAUAAACCACAUUUCAACUCUCCUGGGCAGAUCUGCCAACAGUCAUCUUUAACAGUGGGUGUUCUUUCUUGACAAAUCGUUUUUUUUUUUUGGUCUGUGGGAAAGUUAAUUAUUUUGAAGCUAACAAGUAUCUCUCCAGGGUAGCAUCGUUUAAGUUAAAUACAAAUACACAUUCUAAUAAUAAAUUUGAGGGAAAUUAAGAACUAUCAAACUACUUUUGAGAGCUGUUUUUCCCUUCAAGAUGCAUUUCGUUCAGAUACCAAAACUGGCAGGUUUGCAUAUUAAAACUGUACAAUUUAAAAUAAGAUAUUUUUAUCUUGAAAACUAUCAACUGCAUUUCUGACUAGAAACAGUUGCUCCAACUCCUGCUUACACUUCACUGACAUUGUUUAAAUUGCCAUUAGAAAUUGUGGGGUUUUUUUUUUUGGUACUUAAAAUCAUUCUACCGAGGGACACUCCACCCUCACACAACACUUGCCCUCUGAGAGUAGACCUGUAUAUUUCCGUUUUUUUCUCCUUACAGUUAUUUUAGCUGAUGCUACUGUAUGAUGAAAAGGGCCACUGUGAAGCUGUUUUUUUCUUCUUCUGGGAAGUAAGGAACCUGACCAAAACUUUGGAGUAUCAAGUGGGUUGCAGAUCCCCUUUAACAUGUCCAUCCUUGAAAAGGGCUUGAUGCAGUUUACAGAUCAGUGGUUUGACCCCCACAGAUUACCAUGCUAUCAAAUUUUGAUACAUUUUUUUUCUUCUUGGUUGAUGUCUUUACUCUGUAUAUAUGCAUUCAGUGCUUUAAAUCCUCCAUAUAUUUUAAAGUUUGAUUAUGCACAAGUGAUGGAUAAGCAUUGGUUAUGCAAUAUUAAAACAUU